GACCGAUUCAUGUUUUUAAAACCCUGAUUUGAUGUUCUCUCUGCUUUUUCACCUUCUUUUGUUUUUCGCGACCGUUUGUAUCCUCUGUCUCCCAGUAACUCCAUUAAAUGUGUAAUCCUCGAGAGCUGAGGUUCUACCGUGAUUCUGUUGGAUUGGUACAAUGAAUCUUCACUGAAUGGAGCGGUGUUGGUAAGCACAGUUCCUUCUCUCAAGCAUUUAUCUUCCUCCCUGUGUUUCAGCAGUUCUUGAAUAGUACAAGCUGUGUAAUCCAAGUGUUCGUUUUCUCAUAUUCGAUUCAAUUAGCCUGUGAAGAAAGGAUGUGGUGUUAGGGCAUACUUGUUCGUAUAUCUCGCUUUGAUUGCCCUUGUUUUACUUCUUCUUGAAUUUCUAAGGAGAACUGUUUCCGUAAAAUGGUGGAAAUUAGGGUUUUUUGAACCAUCGGAGCUGCAGAGAAUGUAGGGAAUGGAAAUGGGCUUUCUGGCUGACAGAUUUUGAUGUGGUGGAACGGAACUUCUUGUUGAGAGAGCAAAUGUUGAAGCGUGAUAUGGAACAUGCACUGAAACGUGAGAUUGAAUUAGAAGAAGAGAUGGAGGCUUAUCAAACUAAGUGUAGGGAGUUGGAAGAGAAAAGUAGGAAAGAUGAACAAGGCAAUAGGGUUUUGUUAGUUGAGCUUGAGAGUGUGAAGAAAGAUUGUAUCUCUUUUGGAGAUAAGUUGGGUGUCUUAGAAAUUGAUAAAAUUGCCGUCGAAGAUGAGCUCAAGAAUUACAAGAGAUUAUGCGAUGAGCUCAAAGAGAAGUUUACUUGUCUCCAAGAAGAUUACAAAGUUGUAUGUGAAAGAGAGAAGAGGGCACAAGAAAGGAUCUCCAAUUUGUCAGAAGAGCUUAAGGGUAUGGAGAAUGUAACAACAGAGAAGUAUGUUCAGCUGAAGGUCGAGAAUUUAGACUUGAUGCGUGAAAAGAAGAAAGCUGAGGAUGAGAUUGAGACUUGGAAGAAAAGGUUUGUGGAGUUAGAGUCUCGGGUCAUUAGGUUGGACGAAGAUAACUUGGUCUUAGCAGGUAAGGAUCCACAGUUGUCCUUGUCCAUUAAGCUAGAAGCAGAGUCCAGAGAUUUAUUGAACGCCUUUUCUCUUGUAGAUAAUGAGAAGAAGGAAGCAAGUAAUAAAACCAAAAGUCAAGAAGAAGCAAAUGGCGCAGGCAACUUUGCCAGUUUGGUCCAUCCACAGAUCAAAGACAAAAGGUUGAACUGUGAUGCAGGAACUAAUUUAACUGCAAUUGUGGGGUCUACUUGCCCUUCACCGGACAAAGAAAGCAGAGAUGUGCGGGCCACAGGUCCACCUUGUAUUUUCAUGCCACAUGAACCUUUUGUCAAAGUUAAGGACGAGGACAAUAUCUCUUCAGAAACUGAGUUGGAAAAUGGGACGCAAGUUAGAAAGAAGUUGGAGUUUGGACAAGAAGGGAGCACCAACAAAAAAAUCAAUGGAUCCAAACUGUGUAGUGGAAGACCUGUGUCUGGAGGUUUCAUCGAGAUUAUCGAUAGUGAUGAUGAAACUAGUGAAAUGAAUAUUGUUGCAGUGGCUACUCCUAACAUUAGGGACAAGAAGAAGGCACCUGUUUCAGUUGACAAUUCCUUGAAUGGUGUUUUGAAAGAUGAAAAGGAAAUGACUUCUGAGAAUUGCUUGAAGAGACUAGAUACAAACCAGAGAGGGGAGGAAAAUUUGAGCAGCUUCGAGGAGUCUUAUGAAUUCACUUCAACUCCCAAAAGAAAACGUGCUUCCAAUAUAAUUACUAGUGAGAGCGAGGGUGACGAUGAAGAUAAAAUUCCAAUUAGUAAACUUAAGAUGAAAAAGGUUCAAGAUACAACUCAUGAACCCAUGGGCUCUCCUGUGAAUCAGUGUUCUAUGGCUCCUAUUGUGUCUUCUGGGGAUGGCAAUGUUGAAGAAUCCUUUGCUUCUUCAAAGCGGCGUCUGGUGACACUAAGGCAAUGUGAAGAAAGGAAGAAUGGGUUGGAAAAAAUCUCUCAAGGUCAUUUGGGGAGGAAUGAGAAUGAUGCUGAAGAUCAAGUAACGGCUGGCCCAGCUUCUGAAAAUGCUCAAGAUCAUGAGGGGGAAGAUGUUGGUUCAGAUACUGAGGGUGAAAGUUUGGAUGGGUUCAUUGUAGACGGAUCUGAUAGCUUAGAUGGUGAAGAUUCUACUGAAUCUGAAGAUGUAGAGGAUGAUGAUUUGAGCUAUGAUCAGGUAAUAUCAAUGAUACGAAGGAACAGAAAAAAUAAAUCGGGAUGGACCUAUGAGGCGGACAUGCUCUCAUCCUUUCAGAAGGAUCCUGAACUCUGCAUGAAGGCUGUCUGUGCGCUCUAUAGGCUGCAAACUGCUGAGGAGAAAUCAAUGAAGGGUUCAUUGUAUUUGAACAACCGGGGAUUUAGCAAGUUUGAUGCAGUCAGAGGAACUAAUUUGGCCGAGUUUCUACUGGAUGGGGACCCACGGGGGGAGCUCAAGAAAACUGUUGAGGAACUGGAGAAGCAUAUGCCAAGAGGACUAGACGAGUGCAGACGACUAGCUAGCCACUACUCCAAGCAAUUGUUCAAGAUUUACCAGAACAAAGAGGACCCUUACUUUCCAUAGUCGACAGUCCACUCUUUCAUUUUGCUGUAAGUCUUUCCCUGUAAAUGCUCAUGAAAUAGUAUAUAUGUAAUGGUAUAUCCUAUGUCUUCUGGCCCCGUUCCUUUCUUUUAAAUGUUCCUGCCCCUAGUUUUUUUUUGUGAUGUACGGGGAGAAUUCAGAUGGCUUCUUUUUUGUUGUUAUCAGCCAUUGUAUUUAGUGGUUUGCCCUACUGUUGUUGGUGCCAGAAUUAGUGGAUAUCGUUUUGCCCA